AUGCCCUUCGACACCAGUCUCCGCAACACCUGCAUCUUCCUCCUCAUCUUCAUCCUCGCCUUCUUCCCCAACAUCUUCCAACGUCUCCUCAAACCCGCCCUCCUCCCCCUCGAGCUGCUCGGCGCAGACUUCGCCCCACGAAAAGUCGCCCUCCCCACCUGCAAUUGCUGCCCUCCAGCAAGUUGCACCCCGAUUGCGCAAGCAGUACAGCCAGCAGCACCACACGCGCAACCGCCCAGCAUGUCGUGGUUCCAGAAACAGUUCACGCUCCCAUCUCAGAGCAGAGGAAGCUAUCUCAUCACCGACACUGUCACGAAAGAGCUACCUGAGAUCAAGGACUACAAAGUCGGACUUCUACACCUGUUCAUCCAGCAUACAUCCUGCGGCCUCUCGCUGAACGAGAACUGGGACGAGGCUGUGCGGGAAGAUAUGAGCGAUGCGCUUGACAGGAUCGCGCCAGAGGACCGGAAGGGGAAUUUGUAUAGACACAGUGCUGAGGGAUUGGAUGACAUGCCAGCCCAUAUCAAGAGCGCACUUGUUGGCGCGAGCGUCACGGUGCCGAUCAGUAAUGGACGACUCAACACGGGGACGUGGCAGGGGAUCUGGUACUUGGAGUUCAGGAGUAGUAAGCACCAGAGGAAGGUCGUGGCUACGAUACAGGGCGAGAAGAAUUCAUGA